AUGAUUUCGGAAAUCCUCAAGACAACAACAAUGAUGAGCUCGUUUCAAACAACACCAUCACCUAUAAUCAAUAAUAAUGACUCGUCAUUGGGUAGGGAUACCACUACUUCUACCACAACAACAACAACCUCGAAUAGUACCUUUCAUGCCUGGUUUUGCAUGGCAGUUUUCAUCGUAGAUAUUAUAUUUAUUAUCGGAGCACCAAGGAUACCUAUAUUUCCAACCAUUCAAACCUGGAAGAGAUGGUUCCGAUGGUUACAAUUAAAGUUAUUCAAGAGAAGAAGUGGAAUGGAAAAUGAUGAUGGUUCUUUUACUCGUGUGGUGGAUGAGAACAUCAAUGAAAAUUCCAAUGACAAUAAUAAUUCCAUCACAACUAUUCCAUCAUCGUCAUCAACAUCUUCAUGGCAAACACUAUUCAAUCAUUCCGUUCAAUUUUAUCAUAUAGAUUUGGAUAUGAGCUGGGCCUCAGUGAUUGCCAUUGUGGUCUUAUUUGUGAGUGGAACGUUAGAUUGGAAUAAUAUGAAAAUUGGAUUGCUUGGUGCAGAAGGUCAACAUUUACAACCGUACAGCAUUUUGUUACUUUUCAUGUCAUUGUCCUAUGUUUGUGUUUCAUUGGAUGUCACUGGAUUAUUUAGUUAUAUUGCUAAUUGGAUUAUCAAAAAAUCGAAUUAUAAUGGACACAAAUUAUUUAUUUGGUUCUCAAUUUUUGCAAGUGUAUUGACAAUAUUUACUUCCAAUGAUAUUGUCAUCUUGACAUUAACACCAAUUUGUUGCUACAUGUGUUUGUCGAGCAGAAAUUUAGAUCCAGUGCCGUACGUCAUUUCUCAAUUUUUCCUUGCAAAUGUUUGGAGCGUGUUGCUGGAAAUUGGAAACCCAACAAAUGUGAUCGUUGCUCUUGCCUAUCAAUUGAACUUUUUGGUUUAUUCCAAGUGGAUGGCUUUACCUGCAAUUAGCUCAGGAAUUGGUUGUUUUGUUCUGUUAUAUACUUUCUUUUAUUCCUCAAUACCAAAGAAAAUUGAGCUAGUAAGCGAAAAUCCUCAAAACGAAGAGGUACGAAUGUCAGGUCAAUCUCAAAGCAUUGAAGAGUUGGAGGAGCCCUCUUCACAACAACAUGAAGAACCCCUCGCAUCGGCCAUAGUAGGAUCCUUAAAUAAUGAUCCUGCCUCAACUCAUUUAAAUAAUACAACGUUGUUGGAUGACUCUCCAGCGUUACUUGAGCAUAGUCUUGAAGAGAACAGUAAUGUGACAAAAUCUUCUACCUCAGCAUUGGAUGUGAAAUCAGCAGUUGUGAAAUCAGUGGCAUUGCUAUUAUGUUUAGUGACGCUGAGUGUCACUUCCCUCAUCAAAUUUGGAGAUACAGGAGAAACUAUUCCUCCAUGGAUUGUAACAUGUUCCUUCUUUGGAUUUUCGCUAAUUUAUGAUAUUGUGAUAGACUCGCUACAAUUAUUCAAUAUUUAUUACAGAAAAACCAUUCAGAAACCUUUUGAUUCUUUAAUUUGGAAAGUUCUUGUCCGUCUUCCUUGGAAAAUUAUUCCUUUCAUUUUGUCCAUGUUUACCAUUGUCCAAUUAUUGAAUUAUUAUGGAUGGACUGAUUUAUUGGCAAAGAAAGCAGCAGAAAUUAUUAUCAUGCUCUCAGGAAAUCAGUCACCUGAAGCACUUGCUGAAGGAAAAACAAGUGUUCAAGCCAUUCUCGCAGCUACUAUGGUUAUGAGCUAUCUCUCCUCUCUAGCGUGCAACGUUAUUAACAAUCAACCAAUGACUAUUCUUUUCACUAGCGUCAUUUCAAGUAAGGAAUACAAAAUUUUAACACCCAUUCAAAGAAAGGGAAGUAUGUUCUCACUCAUUUUGGGUUCGAAUUUUGGAGCCAAUAUAACAUUGUUUGGAGCUUUGGCUGGAAUUAUGUUCUUGUCCAUUCUGAGGCAAAAUGGAAUCACAAAUAAGCAAGUCAACUAUUUUACAUUCCUCAAAUAUGGACUCAUUAUCACACCAAUAGUUAUUUUGGUUGGAAGCUUUUUCAUAUUUGUUGAGCUUCUCAUUUUCGAAUGA